AUGAGACCAUAUAAUUGCCCCUUACCACCAUUAAGGUCCCGCUUUCUGCGACUUCAUGCUCUUCCUGGCCCACUACAUGCUAGCACGCGUAGCUUCGCGCAAGUCGCCCAUCGGCCGGUGCUAGACGUCCCAUCGGAGGAUGACAAACCUUUCAUGGUGCCGAUCGCGGAUGCGAGUUUCGAGACAUACCAUUUCGACCCGCCACCAUACUCGCGUCGUGAAUUGGUGAAAAUAAAGCUCAUGCGUGCACAGACGGAUGGAACUCGCCGCAGAUGGGUUGUACAAGGAAAGAAAGAUUCGUGGAUUCUGCCACUUGUCGAUGGACAAGAGGCUGUCGCAGUCGGAAUCGAGCAUGCUCUUACCAAGGAAGACAAACGCAUUACCGCGUACCGCUCUCACGGUAACACUUUAAUGCGCGGUGCUACGAUAAGAUCAAUCAUUGGCGAGCUUCUCGGUCGGAGCGACGGUAUCGCGCAUGGAAAAGGCGGCUCGAUGCACAUGUACGCUAAGAGCUUCUUCGGCGGCAACGGUAUUGUGGGCUCAAGUGUGCCACUCGGAACUGGUAUCGCAUUGGCCCAGCAGUAUGACAACACAGGUAAUAUCACGGUCAAUCUAUAUGGCGAUGGAGCAGCCAAUCAAGGCCAAGUCCACGAGGCAUUUAACAUGGCGAAGCUGUGGAGCCUGCCUGUCAUGUUUGGCUGCGAGAACAACAAAUUUGGGAUGGGGACAUCAGUUGAGCGUGCUUCCGCCUCAACGGAAUACUAUAAGCGUGGGCAGUAUAUUUCUGGGCUCAAAGUUGAUGGGAUGGACGUUUUGGCGGUUCUGGCUGCUGUCAGACAUGGCCGAGAGUGGAUCAAGGCAGGGAAUGGGCCGCUCAUUUAUGAGUACGAAACCUACCGGUACUCUGGACACUCAAUGUCGGACCCCGGAACCGCCUAUCGUUCCCGCGAGGAAUUGCAGGAUGAGCGAUCAAAUGACCCCAUCACGAGCCUGAAGUCGAAGCUGAUAGACUGGCACAUCAUGACAGAGGAUGAGGCAAAGGCAGAAGAAAAGGAAAUACGAGGACUGGUGAGCCGCGAGAUACAGGCGGCUGAGCAAAUGCCCGAGCCUGAACCAAGGUGGGAUGUUCUCUUUGAGGAUAUUUAUGUCUCUGGGAGUGAGCCAGCCCAGAGACGGGGCAGGAGCAUCGACGAGACGAUCUAUUAG